UCCUAAAUCCUAUUUCUCGAACCUAUUUUUAUAUGGAGAGCUCAUAGAACAUCUGUCAAGAACACCAAAACCAAAAAUCCAAAAAUGUUGAGAAUCAAACCCAACCACCUCCCUCCACUUCUUCUCUUCCUCCUCCUCCAUUUCCACCUCCACCAUCUCCACCUCACACAAGCCCAACUAGCCCCAAACACCACUGGCUACACCUGCACCGCCACCACCAACACCACCUAUCCUUGCCAAACCUAUGCCUUCUACAGAGCCACCUCUCCUAACUUUCUUGAUCUAGCCUCCAUAGCUGACCUCUUCUCUCUCAGCCGCCUCAUGAUCUCCACCCCCAGCAACAUCUCCGACCCCACCACCCCUCUCCUCCCCUCCCAACCCCUCUUUAUCCCCCUAACUUGCUCCUGCAAUACCAUCAACACCACCACAAGUUUUUCCUAUGCAAAUCUCACUUACACAAUCAAGAAAGAUGACACUUACUACUUAGUCUCCACAAACAAUUUUCAAAACCUCACAACCUACCAAUCUGUCCAAAUUGUCAACCCAAAUCUAAUCCCAACCAACCUUACAAUCGGUGUCACCGUAAUUUUCCCGGUGUUUUGCAAGUGUCCAAACACAACCCAAUUGCAGAACAGAGCCAAUUUUCUCAUCAGCUAUGUUUUCCAGCCCUCUGACAACCUCACUUCCAUUGCUUCAAUGUUUGGCUCAACAACACAGUCUAUAAUUGAUGUCAAUGGUAAUCAUCAGAUUCAACCCUUUGAAACUAUCUUUGUACCUGUUUCAAAACUUCCUAAUUUGACACAACCUAGUGGUGUUUUUGUUAAUUCAACCUCUGGUGAGAAUGGGAAAAAAGGGGUUGUGGUUGGAUUGGGAAUUGGGUUGGGGGUUUGUGGGGUUUUGCUGGUUUUGGUUUGUGGGUUGUUUGGUUACAGAGAAAAUACAUGGAAGAAGAGGAAAGGGAUGGUGGACAGAGGUGGAGAGGGAGAGAAAAUGGUUAAGGGAGGAAAGCCUCUGGAUGUGAAAUUUGUGGCUGAUAUGUCAGAUUGUUUGGAUAAGUAUAAAGUGUUUGGGAUUGAAGAACUGAGAGAAGCAACUGACGGGUUUGAUGAGAGGUGGGUGAUUCAAGGGUCUGUGUAUAAAGGUUGUAUUGAUGGAGUCAUCUAUGCUAUCAAGAAGAUGAAGUGGAAUGCUUGUGAAGAACUCAAGAUCUUGCAGAAGGUCAACCAUGGCAAUCUAGUGAAGCUAGAAGGGUUCUGCAUAGACCCUGAAGAUGGAAAUUGCUAUCUCGUUUACGAGUACGUUGAAAAUGGAUCUCUACACUCAUGGCUACACGACAACAAGAAGGGAAAGUUGACUUGGAGAACAAGGUUAAGAAUCGCCAUUGAUGUAGCCAAUGGCCUCCAAUACAUCCAUGAACACACAAGGCCGAGGGUGGUUCACAAGGACAUCAAGAGUAGCAACAUCCUGUUGGAUGCAAACAUGAGAGCCAAGGUUGCCAAUUUUGGGCUAGCAAAGUCUGGCUGCAACGCCAUAACAAUGCACAUUGUUGGAACUCAAGGCUACAUUGCCCCUGAGUACCUUGCCGAUGGGGUGGUUUCAACUAAAAUGGAUGUUUUCUCUUUCGGGGUGGUCUUGCUCGAGCUAAUUUCAGGCAGGGAAGCCAUGGAUGGAGAAGGGAAGCUCUCGUGGAAAAGUGCUAGUGAAGUUUUGGAUGGAAAUGAUGAAAAGAGGAAGGAGAUGAGGUUGAAGGGUUGGAUGGAUGGUGUUCUUCUUGAAGAGACUUGCUCAAUGGAUAGUGUUAAGAAUAUGAUGGCUAUUGCCAUUGCUUGUUUGCAUAGAGACCCUACCAAGAGGCCUAGUAUGGUUGACAUUGUUUAUGCAUUGUGCAAGAGUGAUGAGUUGUUCUUUGAUGUUUCAGAGGAUGGACAAUCACUCCAAGAAGUAAUAGCCAGAUAGUUGGUGUCUUGGAUCCCGUGGUGAGUGGAUGCUAGGUUUGAAUCUCAUCGACCCUUAAAAGAAGUUAAGAGCAGAUAUGUUUUAGUUAUGACAAGUAAGAGCGUGUUUGCCUAUAAUUAUUAAUGCCGGUAUGGUUUGUAAAUUAUUAGACUAUCCAAAACACUCAAAUUAUUAGACUAUCCAAAACACUCAAAUUUUGAGUUUUGAGUGAUUAUAAAUAAAUGCUUUAAUAUCUAAAGUUGCAAUAAA